AUGGGAUCUCUGCCGCACUCGCACUGCAUUACGCCGACGCUCGUUGAGGACUAUACCGAUAGCACCGACGUCAAGGGUCACCAAUCGCUUAUGUCUUGGAGAGCCGGAAGGCACCGUGGUGGGAAGGAGAACCGCCGUGUAGGAGCUUGGCCGCCUGACUCGACUCUUCCUGGGAAGGAGAACCGCCACUGA